AUGGGCCAAGAAGAUUGCUGCAUAUCUGGAAGCCUGCCUAAUGAGCAAAGGAACACGUUCAAGCCAGCGGCAGGGGGCGGGGUCGCGCCUCCUCCGCGGCUCCGGUUCCAGCCGAGCCCCACGGACGUGAAGAUGGAAAUCCCAAGGAUACUCCCAGCUCGUGGGUCUCGACAGGGCAGCGGCGCUGGCAGCCCCUCGGGUGGCGGCCGGGUCCACCGAGGCCCUGACCCGGGAGCUGUACAGGCCCGGGCGCGCCGCCUCCUGCUGCUCGGGAGCCCCCAAGAUGGCGGUCCGGGGCGGCGGCGCGAAGAGGCCAGCGCGGCUACACCCGGCUCUGGCCCAAGCCAGUUGGGUCCGCGGAGGCCUGAUCACGCUGGCGGCGGCGGCGUCGCUUCUGCUUCUGCUUCUGCAGCCUCCAUCCCUGCCCCUAGCCUGGGCCUCACUGCUGCCUUCGCCGGCACCGUCACCAUCCACAACCAGGACCUGCUGCUGCACUUUGAGAAUGGUGUUCUCACCCUUGCCACGCCCCCGCCUCCUUGCUGGGAGCCUGGGGUCAUGCCUGCCCCACAGCCUGGGGUUCUGAUAGCUCCACAGGUGGGGGAACCCCAGGCCUCGCAGCCAGUGGACUGCCCUGAGCAACCGCCAGAUCUGUUGCUGGCUGAGCCAGUUGAACUAGCACCAGUGCAGGCGCUGGAGCAGGAGGGGGAGGUAGAGGGCCCGCUGACUGAUAGCCCCCCUGGGCCACUGGGCUCAGGCCCAGGUGUGGUGCUGUACCUGUGCCCUGAGGUGCAGUGUGGACAAACCUUCACCAAGAAGCACCAACUGAAGGUGCACCUACUGACGCACAGCAGCAGCCAGGGCCAGCGACCCUUCAAGUGCCCCCUGAGCGGCUGUGGCUGGACCUUCACCACCUCCUACAAGCUCAAGAGGCACCUGCAGUCCCAUGACAAACUGCGGCCUUUUGGCUGCCCGGCGGAAGGUUGUGGCAAGAGCUUCACCACCAUAUAUAACCUCAAGGCUCACAUGAAGGGCCAUGAGCAGGAGAACUCCUUCAGAUGCGAUGUGUGCGAGGAUUGUUUCCCCACGCAGGCCAAGCUCAGCGCCCAUCAGCGCACCCACUUUGAACCCGAGAGGCCCUACCAGUGUGCGUUUUCUGGCUGCAAGAAGACCUUUAUCACAGUGAGUGCCCUGUUUUCCCAUAACCGUGCCCAUUUUAGGGAACAGGAACUCUUUUCCUGCUCUUUUCCUGGCUGCAGCAAACAGUACGACAAGGCUUGUCGGCUGAAAAUUCACCUGCGGAGCCAUACCGGUGAGAGACCGUUCCUUUGUGACUUUGAUGGCUGUGGCUGGAACUUCACCAGCAUGUCCAAACUCUUAAGACACAAAAGGAAGCACGAUGAUGACCGGAGGUUCAUGUGCCCUGUGGAAGGCUGUGGUAAAUCUUUCACGAGGGCUGAGCAUCUGAAAGGCCACAGCAUAACCCACCUGGGCACAAAGCCUUUUGUGUGUCCUGUGGAAGGCUGCUGUGCCAGGUUCUCUGCUCGCAGUAGUCUCUACAUUCACUCCAAGAAACACUUGCAAGAUGUGGACACUUGGAAAAGCCGUUGCCCAGUCUCCAGCUGUAAUAAACUCUUCACAUCCAAGCACAGCAUGAAGACCCACAUGGCCAAAAGGCACAAUCUUGGCGAGGAUCUCUUAGCUCAGCUGGAAGCUUCAAAUUCUCUUACACCUAGCAGUGAACUUAUCAGCCAGGGACAGACUGAUCUCAGUGAUGCAGAGCUAGUGUCCCUUUUCUCUGAUGUGCCUGGCAGUAGUUCUGCUGCAGUACUGGACACAGCAUUGGUGAACUCUGGAAUCUUGACUAUUGAUGUGGCCUCUGUGAGCUCAACUCUGGCAGGGAACCUCCCUGAUAAUAGUAAUAAUAAUAAUAAUAAUAAUGAUGAUGAUGAUGCUUUAGGGCAGACUGUGGACCCUCGGGCCUUGAUGGCCACCAGUGACCUUCCUCAAAGUCUGGAUACCUCCCUUUUUUUCGGGACAACAGCUGCAGGUUUUCAACAGAGCUCCUUAGAGGUGGAUGAUGCCUCAAAUCUAAGUGCAGGGCCUUUGGGGACUCUGGGCUCUUUGACUAUGAAAAACUCCAGUCAGGAACCCCAAGCCCUGACCCCUAGCAGUAAGCUAACAGUAGACACAGAUGCUCUGACUCCUUCAAGCACCCUUUGUGAAAACAGUGUCUCAGAACUACUGAUGCAAACCAAAGCAGAAUGGAACUUACAUCCUGACUCUGCCUUCUUUGGACAGGAGGAAGAAACCCAGUUUGCAUUCACCAGCCCAGCAGGAAACCACGUUUCUCAGAAAGAAACAGAUCUUAUCACAGUGACUGGAAGCUCAUUUUUGGUAUGAACCAUUCAUUCCUCACCUCUUGUAUUAAUUGGACUCAAUUUUAUGGAUAUCCUGGACCGAAAUAUCUAUGAGAAAUGCAGUCAUUUUCUCAUAGCUUGAAAAUGAUCAGAGCCCUGGGAAACAAGUUUGGAGAUGUAGAUUCUGAUCUAGUGUUUGGCAUUUUUAAGUUGAGUCGGUGACCCUGAGCAAGUCACUUAAAUCUUGUCUGAGCCUUAAUUUCCUUAUUUAUAAAAUGAGGUGUCUUUGAAUAGAGCACUUCUAAUCUAUAAUGUACCUAUAGUUUGUGUCUUUCCAGCUCUGUAUUUUCACAACUUUGUGCUCUUUCUUUUUUCAAGGAUUUUACUUAGGGAUUUUACAGUGAUUAACUAUUGCAUGUGCUUCUAAUGUAAUGAAAAGUGCAUUGAAAGGUAAUGAUAAGAGAACAUGGAACAGGUAUUUUAAAAAAUGGAAAUUUUAGCACAAUACCAAAAGAUUUCUACAAUCACUUUGUGGCACUUAAAGAAAGCCAAGAGUAGGGGGACAGUUCUUUUAAACUGAUUAUCUUUCUAACCUCUGUUUUGAUGGAAUGUUGUGUGGUUUGGGUGAAAAGUGUCAGGUUUUGAUAUGACAGACCCAGAGUGAAAUAUUGAUGUUUCUGGUGUAAGUGGCCUUAAGUAAGUUAUUUCAUCACACUGAGCCUCAG